GGGAUUUUUUUUUUACCUUUUUACAAAAUUCUAUUAGAAAAGUUUGAUCGACUUCUGUUAUAAAUUUUAAGAGAAACCACCAAAGCCAAGUUUGAAACAAUUACUGACACAUGUAAAAGUAUAGAGAAAACAGGGUCGAUAAACCUUUCUAACCAGUUCUAAUAUACCACGGUAUUUGUAAAGAAUGGAGGCACAAGACUUUGAGAAGAGAGGUCAGGAGUUGUUGAGCUAUAUCGCCGACUAUAUUGUCAACAUCCGGUCAAGGCGAGUGACCCCUGCCGUGGAGCCCGGCUUUUUAGAAAAACUACUGCCAGAUACUGCACCAGUCAAGGGCGAGAACUGGGAAAUCAUCAUGGCGGAUUUUGAGAAGGUCAUUAUGCCUGGGAUGAGUCACUGGCAGCACCCCAACUACCACGCCUACUAUCCAAUUGGCCACUCCUACACCUCAGUCCUGUCAGACAUGUUGUCUGAUGGUCUGGGCAGCAACGCCUUCUCCUGGGUUGCAAGUCCAGCUUGUGUUGAGCUGGAAGUUUUAGUUUUAGACUGGGUUGGUAAAAUGAUUGGCUUACCAAAACAGUUCCUGCAUGCAAGUGGUCAAGGCGGUGGUGUCAUACAGGGCUCGGCCAGUGAGUGUGUGCUAGUUGCCCUGCUGUCCGCCAGACACAAGUCCAUCCAGGCACUCAAGUCAAGCCACCCUCAGCAAGACAAUUGGCAGCUGCUCGCUAAGCUCGUUGCUUACACCUCCAUACAGGCUCACUCAUGCGUGGAGAAGGCUGGCAUGAUCGGGUUUGUCAAGAUGCGACACCUGGACGUGGACGAGAAGUUCUCACUGCGAGGUCACGUGUUGGAGGACGCCAUUGAGGAGGAUAAAAAGCUCGGGCUGAUUCCAUUUUUUGUGUGUGCGACCCUGGGUACCACGGCCUGCUGUUCCUUCGACAACCUGCAGGAGCUGGGGGACGUCUGCACCAGACACGGCGUCUACCUGCACGUCGACGCUGCUUAUGCUGGAGCUGCACUCAUCUGUCCAGAGUUUCAGUUCCUGAAAGAUGGAAUAGAGAACGUCGAUUCGUUUGGAUUCAAUGCCUGCAAAUUAUUCCCCGUGAACACAGACUGUGCUUUAAUGUGGGUACAGAGGGUGGAGACUCUGACUUCUGCACUAGCUGUUGACCCCUUGUAUCUACGAGCCAACCCCAACUUACAAUAUGGCUACAUGGCUCCGGAGUUUAGACACUGGGGCAUCCCCCUGGUCCGUAGAUUUCGGGCCCUCAAGUUGUGGUUUGUGGUAAGAAUGUUGGGCGUUCAAGGUCUGCAGCACAGGAUCAGAGAGAAUUUCCGUUUGGCUCAGCUGUUCAUGCACAAAAUGGCAGACGACAGGAGAUUUCAGGUCAUGGCUGACGUCACAAUGGGGCUCGUCUGCUUCAGACUUCAAGGACCAAACCAUUUGACCCAGAGGCUGCUCAAAGACUUGAAUGCCAGUGGUCAGCUGUAUCUUGUACCUGCUCUACUCAACGACAAUUAUGUCAUAAGAUUUGUCGUCUGCUCUCAACAUACAUGUGAUGAUGACAUCAACCACUCUUGGGAGGUCAUUCACCUCACAGCUAAUACACUCUUACAACAGGAAAAACAGCUCAGUCUUACAGAAGGAAAAACUCAAAAGAUUAAUAAAGAAUAAAAACUUC